GGGAGCGAUGGGCCGCCGUGACUGCGGACGGACGCGGGACAUGGCCAAAAGUGGGAAGAUGAGAACUUUGAUGAUUGGAACCAAAAUUCAGGAAGGUAUUUAAGGUGUUCUGUUCCUGACACUGGACACCAGCAGCGUGAGAUGCUGGAAUGUGAAGAGAAACCAUGGAACUGUGAGCAGUGUGGGAAAGUUUUCCAUAAUCGCCAUGCCUUUCAAAGAAGUGCAAAAACUCACUGUGGAGAGAAGCUCUGUGAAUGUAAAGAAUGUAGGAAAUCCUCCAUUCCUCUUAAAACCCAGAGAUGGCACACAGUGAUGCUCACUAGGGACAAAGGUUGUGGAGGUCUCCUGUGGCGCAAAGCCUUUCACUGUACCAGUUCACUGGCAGUGCACAAAAGUGCUGAAACCAGAGGGAGUCCAGGUGGACUUGAGGGUGAUGGGAAUGAACUCACACAUUCUGCUGCGUUUCCGGCCAAAGAAAUGGCUCCCACUGUAGAUACAUCCUGCAAACAUAAAAAAAGUGUGGAGGCUUGCAGCCAUUUGAGUUCUUUUCGGUUUCAUGAGGAGAAACCCUAUGAUUGUACAGAAUGCGGAAAAACCUUUUCUCUCAGGAAGUUUAGAAGACCCAGGGGUGUGCACCAUGGAGAUAGACCUUACAAAUGUCACUUUUUAUUUCCUAGCUUAGUUUACAGGUAUGAAAGGUGUCACGCUGGACAGAAGCCCUAUGAAUGUAAGCAGUGUGGGAAAGCCCAUUCAGGUGCUGGUUAUUUACAAGUCCACGAAAGGAUUCCCACCGACAAGAAACCCUAUGAAUGUAAGCAGUGUGGGAAACCCUGUGCUUGUUCAAGUUCUUUUCGAGAACGGAACAGGCCUUUCACUAGACAAAAUCACUCUGAAUGGAAGGCACCUGGGAAAGCUUUUACACUUUACAGCUCUAUCAGAAUCCAGAGAAGGACUCACACCAGAGAGAAAACUUGUGAAUGCAAGAAAUGCACUGAAGGUAUUCUUGCUCCCAGAAGGGUCAGAGGGCAGGUGGUGGAACUCAACACAGGUGUAACCCAUCAAUGUGAAUUUUGUGAGGAAACCAGGAAGUCUAUGUGUUGUCUACACCACAAAAGGACUCAUUCAAGAAAGAAGCCCUAUGAAUGUCAGGACUGUGGGAAGGCCCUCAGAAACUAUAGUACUUUGAAAGUGCAUGAAAUGACUCAUACUGGGGAGAGACCUUAUGUGUGUUCGCAGUGUGGGAAAGCCUUCACACAUUCUAGUUCUGUUCGAGUACAUGAAAGGACUCACACCGGAGAGAAACCUUAUAAGUGUACUGAGUGUGGCAAAGUCUUUGCACACUCUAGUUCUUUUCGAGUGCAUGAAAGAACUCACACUGGAGAGAAACCCUAUGAAUGUCAGCAGUGUGGGAAAGCGUUCAUAUAUUUGAGUUCUUUUCAAGUACAUGCAAGGACUCAUACUGGAGAGAGGCCUUAUGGUUGUAAGCGAUGUGGGAAAGCCUUUAUUUGUUCUAGUCAUCUUCAAAAACAUGAACGAACUCAUUGGAGAGACACUGAAAAUGAGUAUGGGAAUACUUAAUUUUUUUUUUUUUU